AUGCUCAUCAUGGACGACUCAAUAAUGGAUGAUUCCGUGUUUGAUAUCGAGAGCGACGCUAGCUCAGAUUUCGCACCCCAACCUGCAUCUAAACCCAAAGCAAAGCCUGCCCCAAAGAAGGCGGCAGCUAAAUCUGCACCCAAGAAGACGACUCAGACAACUUUGAAAACCAAGACAGCCCCCAAGUCCAAGCCUGCAGCGAAAAAAAAGGCAGCGGACAGCGAGGACGAAAAAUCUGAGAUCGAAAUCUCCGAUGAUGAUGCUUCAACACUCUCUCACACCCCUCCCAAGGCAAAGAAAACUACGGCUUCAAAAAGAGCAACAUCGAAACCUCGGGGCGACGUUGAAAAUGAGUCUUUCGGGGCAGAUGAGCCUGCAGCUGACCAAAAAAAUGCCUCGGACAAGUACCAAAAGCUCACCCAACUUGAACACAUCACCAAACGACCUGAUACCUACAUCGGUUCAACAGAACGCACAACCCAGCAGAUGUGGGUUUAUAACUCUGAAACCGAGUUGAUGGAAUUCCGUCCAGUUUCAUACGUGCCCGGUCUCUACAAAAUUUUCGAUGAAAUUGUGGUCAAUGCCGCCGAUAACAGACAAAAUGACAAAAACAUGAAUGAGAUUCGGGUCACAAUUUCUCGUGAGGAAGGUGAAAUCAGUGUGUGGAACAACGGUCGUGGUAUUCCCAUUGAGAUCCAUUCCAAGGAACAGAUCUAUGUACCGGAGCUGAUUUUUGGACACCUGCUCACUUCUUCAAACUACGAUGACACCCAGAUGAAGGUCACUGGUGGUCGAAACGGUUUCGGUGCCAAGCUAUGCAACGUAUUCUCGAACGAGUUCAUCCUUGAAACCCAAGACUCGCGGGUGAAGAAGAAGUACAAACAGACCUGGACAGACAACAUGUCCAAGGUUGGUAAGGCGAGCAUUACGGCGGCUAAGGGUGAAGACUACACCAAAGUCACCUUCAAGCCAGAUUUCGCCAAGUUCGGUAUGGAAGGUAUUGAUGAUGACUUUGAGGCGCUUGUGAAGCGUCGUGUCUACGAUUUGGCGGGUACAACAGGUGUGACCGUCAAAUUGAACGGUAGCCGUAUUCCCGUCCGAGCAUUCAAAAAAUACAUGGAAAUGUACACCAAAGCCAUACGUAAAGAGCGCGGCGAUGAUGGACCAGGCGCAAAGGAUGAGAUCAUUACCUGCAGCCCUGACCCUCGGUGGGAGAUUGGUUUUGCAGUUUCUGACGGUGCCUUCCAACAAGUGUCAUUUGUCAACUCAAUUGCUACAACUUCUGGUGGUACACACGUCAAUUACAUUGCCGAUCAGAUCUGUAACCGUCUCGCUGAUCAGUGUAAGAAACGUAACAAGACUGGUGCCACGCUGAAGACGGCACAGAUUCGGAACCACAUCUUCAUCUUCGUGAACGCUUUGAUCGUCAACCCGGCCUUCAAUUCGCAGACCAAAGAGCAAUUGACCACAAAGGUGAGCCAGUUUGGCAGCAAAUGUGUCCUGGACGAAGAUUUUUACAAGAAGGUCCUCAAGACAGAGGUAAUGUCCAACAUUUUGCAUUUCGCAGAACAAAAGGCAGAUCAAAUCUUGAAAAAAAGCGAUGGCGGUCGUCGUACACGAAUGAAUAACGCAAAAUUGGUGGAAGCGAACAAGGCUGGAACCCGAGAUGGCCAUCACUGCACUCUAAUUCUGACCGAAGGUGACUCCGCCAAGGGUCUGGCGAUGGCUGGACGGUCGGUGGUUGGACCUGAUCUCUUUGGUGUUUUCCCUCUUCGCGGAAAGCUUCUCAAUGUUCGUGAUGCAUCUUUCGACCAGAUUUCCAAGAACGCGGAAAUCCAGAACAUUAAGAAUUUCAUUGGUCUGCAGCACAAAAAAGAAUAUACCACAACCAAGGGCCUGAGAUACGGCCAUAUCAUGAUCAUGACUGAUCAAGAUCAUGAUGGAAGUCAUAUCAAAGGUUUGUUGAUCAAUUUCCUUCAGGCCCAAUUCCCUAGCUUGCUGAAGAUCCCUGAAUUCCUCAUCGAAUUCAUCACACCAAUCAUCAAGAUUUGGAAGGGCGAUCCAAAGAACCCGUCCAAGUCGCGCUCGUUCUUCACAAUGCCCGAGUAUGAGGAAUGGCUCGAGGAGCAUAAAACUGAACGUAGCUGGGAGCACAAGUACUAUAAGGGUCUGGGAACCAGUUCAACCGAAGAUGCCCAAAUCUAUUUCCGAGACCUUGACAAGCACUUGAAAGAGUUUCACACAAUGAAGGAAAAUGAAGAAUCACUCAUCGAACUGGCAUUCUCGAAGAAGAAGGCCGAUGAGCGAAAGGAGUGGCUGCGCCAGUACAAGCCUGGCACGUUUCUUGACCAUUCACAGGCUAAGAUUUCCUACACGGACUUCAUUAACAAGGAGCUUAUCCUGUUCAGCAUGGCAGACAACAUGCGUUCUAUUCCUUCCGUAGUAGAUGGACUGAAGCCCGGUCAGCGCAAAGUGCUUUAUACCUGCUUCCGCCGCAAUUUGAAGAAAGACAUGAAAGUUGUCGAGCUGGCAGGUCUUGUCUCUGGAGCGACGGCUUAUCAACACGGUGAUACGUCACUUCAACAGACAAUCGUUGGUUUAGCGCAGACUUUUGUUGGCUCCAACAACAUCAACUGCCUCGAACCCAGUGGAAACUUUGGUAGUCGACUUCAAGGUGGCAGUGAUUGUGCUAGUGCUCGUUACAUCUACACUCGCCUGUCGCCCUUUGCACGGAGAGUUUUCCACUCGGCUGACGAGCCUAUCCUGACUUAUAACAAGGACGACGGCGAAACGAUUGAACCCGAGAACUACAUACCUGUGGUACCCCUCAUCUUGAUUAACGGUGCCGACGGUAUUGGAACCGGCUGGAGUUCUUCUAUUCCUAACUACAACCCCGAGGACAUUGUGAAGAACCUCAAACUCCUGAUGGAAGGCCAACCCACCGAACCAAUGCAGCCCUGGUUCCGUGGCUUCACUGGUGAAGUUGUUGAUUUAGGUGGUGACAGAUACAAAUUCAAUGGUAUCAUUAAGAACACUGGAGAUAGCGAAGUUGAAAUCACUGAAUUGCCUAUUCGUACCUGGACGCAAGAUUUCAAAGACAAGCUCGAAGAUAUCAUCAAAGCCGAGAAGCUUCCCUCUUUCAUCAAAGACUACAGGGACUACAAUACGCACAACAAGGUGCACUUUGUGAUUCAGCUUGAAGAUAGCUUUGCGAAGCGUCUUCCCGAAGGCGGGACUGAAGGCCUGGAGGAGAAGUUCAAGCUAUCCAAGCAAAUCUCCACGACCAAUCUUGUUGCCUUCGAUCCGGAAGGCCGCAUCACCAAGUACGCCACCGUUGAUGACAUUCUGAAGGAAUUCUUCACCGUUCGUCUCAAGUACUAUGAGAAACGUAAGCAAUAUCAGCUGUCGGAACUUCAACGGGUACUCGAGAAAUUGAGCAACCAGGCUCGCUUCGUGCAGAUGAUCAUUGAUGGCAAGCUGGUUAUUUCCAAAAAGAAGAAGCUAGUCCUCGUCACUGAGCUGAAAGACAAGGGCUUCAAACCGAUCGUCAAAGUGGCUGAUGCUGCCAAAUUAGGUGAGUCGGAGCCUGUGGUCGAAGAAGGUGAGGAGCCGGAGGAUACGAACAUUGAAACUAUGUCGAGCUCCUACGACUACUUGCUCGGCAUGCCCAUGUGGUCACUGACCCAGGAGCGUGUGGAGAAACUUCGCCGCCAGAUCGGCGAUCGGGAAACCGAGGUCGAUACCUUGAUCAAAUUGUCCAAGGAGGAUAUCUGGAAGCAGGAUCUUGACGAUUUCAUCAACGAGUGGCGCUUCCAGCUUGCGGAGGAAGAUCGUCGCCUGAAAAAGGUGGCCAACAUGGGUCGCCGUGCUUCCUCCAAGCUCAUGACGGGCAUUGGCAAGGCUCCGGCAUCGCGUAAGCGAAAGGCGGCAAUUGCAGCUGGAGAGGAUCCUGAUGAUGAUGAUUUCGCAGCUCCCAAGUCGAAGAAGGCGACGGCAGCGUCCAAGAAGAAAGAGAAGCAGACAAAUAGUCUCGCUAAUUUCCUUCAAUCCAAGCCUACAGAGAAAAGUCCAGGCUCUGACGAUGAGUUCGACUUCAACAUGGAGGUGUUGCCCAAGAAGAGCCGAGCCCCGGCAAAGGCGAAGGCGAAGACAGAGCCGGAAGUCAAGGAUGAAGUCGAUCUCAUGGACAUCGAUGAAAUUCCAUUACAAGCACCCAGUGCCCCAGUUCAGCCCGCGCCUGACAUUUUCGAAAUAGACGACGAACCUGAAAAAGCGCCAGUGAAAGCAAAGACUACCAAACGUGCCCCCAAAGCUAAGCCAAAGGUGGCUAGCCCAAUUGAUGAUUCAGGUUCGGAUGACGACUUCCUCGAUAUCGCUAAGAGCGAAGCCCCCAAGCCAGCGCCUAGCCGCACACGCAAGCCUGUCAAUUACACUGCUAUAAGCGACUCUGACAGUGACAACGGCGACGACCUUCUCGGGGAUGUCAGUAUGAUGGUUAAAGGCAUUGGCAGCGGCGAUUCGGAAUCCCGUAAACUUUUCUCUGAGCGAUCUCAUGCUGAAAGCAGCGCUAGUUUGAUGGCACCCACUAAGGCACCCAAGGUGGGCAGCGACUUUGACCCAGAUGAGACAGACUACAGCAAGCUUGUGCCUCAGAACUCUCCACGACGCACAUUGCAAGUCAAGCCCAAGGAAGUCUCCCGGAUCGAAGAUGAUGACGAGGAGGAUGAAGACUCGCCAGUCAAGCCCGCUCCUAAGCCGAAGGCUGCCCCCAAGGCCAAGGCAGCUCCCAGGGCGACUGCUGCAAAGGCUACUACCGCAUCGAAAGCGCGAGGCCGACCAAAGAAGGAUGCCGCUCCGGUGGCCCUCUCUCCUGCAGCCAAGGGCUACGCCGCUAAGCAAGCAAAGUCCAAGAAGAUUGUGGAUGACUUCUCGGAGGAUGAUAUCGAUGCCAUGGCCAACGAUAUCUUGGAUUCUCCGGCUGGCAAGGUGGACGUUUCGGAUGACGAUCCUGCCCCUGCUCCUCGCCGUGCAGCCGCUGCCCGUCCUGCUCGCCGCGCGACUAAACCCACCAAAUACAUCAUUGAAGACGAAAGUGACGACGAGGAAGCCUCGGAUUCGGAAGAUGUCUUUGAUGAUGCCGAGAGCGAGUAG